UUAAAUGUUGAGGUCAAUGAGGUUGAGUGGGUCAUAAGAGGACAAUGUUUGAUCAGCCAGUACAAAUGAACAAAUAUUUGCAGAGAUUACACCUCUUAUUGGUGACAGUGGAAAUUAAAUAUUUCUUUUCUUCAUGGGACAGGGAACUGGACAGGACAGACUGAAGAGCAACCAAGCUUAACAAAGCAGUUUCACUUCUUAGUGACUGGACUGUAUGUGUCCUGUGCUAGGCAACGUGGCCUCAGACUCAUCAUGACACCAGUGAUACUGCUUUUUUGUUACCUCCUGCUGUACCCUGCUAAUACUAUUUCAUAUGAAAACCAGAUAAUGCACCUUCCCACACUCUUGGAUUCCUGGCCAUCUUUAGAGCCCUUAUCUUGUCAGACUUUGCUCCCAACGUCCCUGCCUGGUUUCAUCCACAUGGCCUCCCUCCCCAGGUUUCUGGUGAGCUUGCCACUGAUGAAUGCACUUGAGGAAGCUGGCUGCCGGGACCAAGCUAAGGCCCUACAGCUUCGGCUCUCCAGCCAGGUGGGGCGAAAAGCCACACAGAUACUCAGUCGACAUCUUCAAGAGCUCCAGAAAGGCAGGAGUACUGUAAGGGGAGUUUCUGUGGAUGUCCUGGUCUCUGUUCUGCAGCUGCUGGCCAGGUCAAAACCAGGUCCAGAGAGGGCCCGACGCUCACUCUCCACUGAAGACUGUAACCAAGAGCAGGAACAGAAUAUACACAAUAUAGUCCAGAUGCUACCAGGAGUGGGAACCUACUACAACCUGGCCACAGCUCUGUAUUAUGCUUCUCAGAACUGCUCAGACAAAGCUAAAGAACGAGGUCAAGAUGGAGCAAUUGAUCUGGGUUAUGACCUUCUAAUGACCAUGGCUGGACUGUCGGGGGGACCCAUAGGAUUAUGGAUCAGUGCUGCUCUUAAACCUGCAGUGAAGAUUGGGGUUCACCGUUUGAUCCAGGAUUAUUAUGAGAAGGAAGCAAAUAGCCCUCAGCCAGAGACCAUCAAGGAGGGCCUAGGUACCUCUAUCUUAGAUGUAAGUAUUGUGGAAGAAACAACUACCACAGCCCCUUUGGUGUCAGAAGUAGUAACUUCAGCUUCUUACUGGCAGUGGCCUUACUGGGAGUGGGCAUAAAUCCUGAGAAUGGGAAUCUUAGGCUAUAAAAGAAGGUAAUAAACACAGAACAAAUAAAUCUAAUAUUCUGACAAACUA